AUGCCUAGCUCGCUUUUUGCCGACAUGGAGAGGAAUGGGAGCGGCGGGGGCGGCGGCGGCGGCGGCGAGACCCUGGAUGACCAAAGAGCCCUGCAGAUCGCCUUGGAUCAGCUCUCCCUCCUGGGCUUGGACAACGACGAGACGGGCUCCCUUUACGACAACGAGCCGCGCAAGAAGAGCGUGAACAUGACCGAAUGCGUCCCUGUGCCCAGCUCCGAGCAUGUCGCCGAGAUCGUGGGAAGGCAAGGUUGUAAAAUCAAAGCUCUGCGGGCCAAAACCAACACCUACAUCAAGACCCCGGUCCGCGGGGAGGAGCCGCUCUUUGUCGUCACGGGCAGGAAGGAAGAUGUGGCCAUGGCCCGGAGGGAGAUCAUCUCGGCGGCGGAGCACUUCUCCAUGAUCCGCGCCUCCCGGAACAAGAACACGGUCUUGAACGGCACGGUGCCCAGCCCGCCCAACCUGCCCGGGCAGACCACCAUCCAGGUGCGAGUCCCUUACCGGGUGGUGGGGCUGGUGGUGGGGCCUAAGGGGGCCACCAUAAAGCGCAUCCAGCAGCAGACGCACACCUACAUCGUCACGCCCAGCCGGGACAAGGAGCCCGUCUUCGAGGUGACCGGCAUGCCCGAAAACGUGGACCGCGCCCGCGAGGAGAUCGAGGCGCACAUCGCCAUGCGCACCGGCGGCAUCAUCGAGCUGACCGACGACAACGACUUCCACGCCAACGGCACCGACGUGGGCUUCGAGCUGAACGGCGGCGGCAGCGGCGCCGGCAGCCUCUGGACCUCGGCCAGCCUCACGCCGACGCCCGGCCGCAAGCCCUUCUGCAGCUACCGCAACGACAGCUCCAGCUCGCUGGGCAGCGCCUCCACCGACUCCUACUUCGGCGGGGGCCGCCUGGGCGACUACAGCCCGCCCAGCCCGGCCCUCGCCUUCACCCACCACAACGGCAACAACAACGGCUACGGCGUCUACGGCGGCGGCGGCGGCGGCGAGGUCAUCUCGUCGCCCGAGUGCUGCGCCACCGAGCUGCCGCCCUUCGACUCCCCGCCGGGCUUCGACCUGGCCCCGGCGCCCCCGCCCGGCGCGCCCCUCCUGUGGUCACAGUUCGAACGCGGCCCCUCCUCGCCCGGCGCCGUGUCCUUUCCCGGCGGCUCGCCGGCGCCCAACGCCAACCUGGCCCUGCUGGUGAGCGGCGGGCCAAGUUCGUCCUCCUCCUCCUCCUACCCGCUCUACGCCAACGGGCUGGGCUGCCACCUGCCCGGCCUGCCGUCCGACUCCUCGGCCUCGUCCUCCUCUUCGUCCAGCUCUUCCUCCAGCUCGUCGUGCUCUUCCUCCGGCAUGAGGAGGAAAGGCAGCCGCGACUGCUCCGUCUGCUUCGAGAGCGAAGUGAUCGCGGCCCUGGUGCCCUGCGGCCACAACCUCUUCUGCAUGGAGUGUGCCAACCGCAUCUGCGAGAAGACGGAGCCCCAGUGCCCCGUCUGCCACAGCGCCGUCACUCAGGCCAUCCGGAUCUUCUCCUAAGGAAAGACUCGCGGCCGCACAGAGACCCGCCUCCGACACGCCGCCUCUCCUGCAUCUUAAGGUCUUCUUACUUGCAUAUAUCGAUCGACAGAUAGAUAUUAAAGCUGCAGUAUCCGCACA